GUAUGCAACAAUAGAAGAAUAAAGUAAGAAAGAUUUGAAGAGAAGAGUUAAAAAGUAGCAACGCUGAAAUUCUUGGAUUUGUUGGGGAGAGAGAGAGUAGGUACUAUCUUUAUCCUUUCCACCCGCCUCUUCUGUCUUCUCUUUCCCCCAAACUCCUCCGACUUUAAUAAAGGGGGAGAUUAUUGGAAAAACUCAAGGAAUCGUAGAUUAAUUUCACUAAUGGAGAGGCUGAUCUAUUCCAAUUCAAUCCCAUCUAAACUCCACCCCAAUUCUCCAUGUCUUCCACGACUCCCCCCAUCCCGGAAGCUCGCGCCGCCACCUUCUUUUUCUUCUUCGACGCCGUCGUCUCUGUUGCUCCAAUCACGCCGACUCAACCCGCUCUCUUGCACUCUCAACAACUCUUCUUUGCUUUCCCCCAAAGCUGUCGACGAUGGUCUGGGAAAAGAUUUGUUUUUCUCUGUCGAUUCCGCAAAUGGGUCUGAGCCUAAGCCCCAUUUCCUCAAACGGAUUGCUCACCAGUUAUCGCGGCAGCAAAAGGUGGUUAAUGCUGGGACAGUGAUACUACUAUCAGCAAUCUUUUUAGCAUACCUGCACCCAGCAGCUGUAUCACCCGCUUUUGCUAGUUUCCAAAGUGCGGCCAAGACGGGAGGUCCUGCUGCAGUUUCAGUUGGGAAUAAUCUGAUCCGCAGUGAGUUACUAAGCAGUGCAUGGACUGGCUUCUUUGCUGGUUGCUUACACACAUUAUCUGGUCCUGAUCAUCUUGCUGCAUUAGCUCCACUUUCAAUAGGCCGCACAAGGAUGGAGAGUGCUGCCGUUGGAGCUCUUUGGGGAUGCGGCCAUGAUGCUGGACAAUUGUUAUUUGGCUUGCUUUUUUUACUCCUGAAAGAUCGGCUUCAUAUUGAGAUCAUCAGAACAUGGGGGACGAGAGUGGUGGGCUUUACUCUGCUCGUGAUUGGUGGCAUGGGAAUCAGGGAAGCUUCAGAAGUCCCUGUUCCAUGUGUUGCCCUUGAAAACGGUGAGUGUGAUGUCAGUGAGUAUGAAGCCCUUGCGAACCCGUCAGUUGGAAAGAAGAAGAUUGGUUUUGCUACAUUCGCCACAGGAAUUGUCCAUGGGUUGCAGCCUGAUGCUCUGAUGAUGAUUUUACCAGCAAUUGCUCUGCCUUCUCGGUUAGCCGGUGCUGCAUUUCUAUUCAUGUUCCUGGUUGGGACAGUUAUAGCUAUGGGAAGUUAUACUGUCUUUAUAGGGUCCUGCAGUCAGGCGCUUAAGGAUAGGAUCCCUAGGAUAACUGAGAAACUCACUUGGGCAUCUUCUCUCAUAGCCAUUGCUUUAGGGCUUGCUAUUUUGGUUAGUCAAUAUUUCGGAUUAAGUUUGUAUUGAUUCGUUUCUGGGGUUUAAUGAUUUGUCCCUGUAGUGGUAGCUGAAGAUUUUGAGAGCAACAAAUGUAGUGGAUUAUUUGAGAGCGAAAGCUCAUCUUUGUAGCUUUGCAUGUGCAACACGAUUUUUGAAGUUACGAUAAUCUCUUACCUAGAAAUUUAUUCACUUUGCAA